AAUUUAUUAAAUUAAUCAAUAUUAUCUCCAAAAUGAAUAACACAUUAAGUGAUAAUCUGACUUUUUUGCCUAAGGAUUUUCAAGGAACUGAAAAUGGAGAGGGUCAAUUAAGUGAUUAGCAAAAAGUGAAAUUGGGGAACUUGGGCAUGAUGACACCAAUGAGUAACACUUUGACUUAUGAUUUUGAACAAAUGACUUUGGACACUUCACCAAAGGAGAGUGAAGUCAAUCAUAAUUACUAUGCAAAUAUUGACACCAUAAAUGAAUAGGAAGAACAUAAAUGCAAACUAUAAAAAUAUCAAAGUUUCAAGAUCAAUAAAGAGUAGAUUAGGAAAUCACCCAAGCACAAGACUUGCUAACCAUAACAGACAGUGCCAUAAUUGGAACUAGGAGAAUAAAAUCUAGACACUCAAAUAGAUUAGCAAUCCCCAGUCACUUCUUCGAUGAAUGCCCAGACAUUGAAAUUUAUCAAGGAACUCUGGAAUUCAGAUAAGAGUGAAACUGAAUACUUUAAAGACAUGGUGGAUCCUCAAAUACCAUAUCUAAAUCAGCCUAUCUAUUCUCCAGUGAUGGAUGGUCAGAGUCCCAUAUAUGAACCUGAUAUUGAGAUGGAUUUGUACAUUACAAGUUUGGUGGAUUAAGUAUGGGGCAAUCAGAUAGUCAGUAGGAAAUUGCAGAAAAUGAUAGAGUCAGGAUCACAUCAAUAGAAGGAAUUGAUUGUGUAGAAAUUGGAAAGAGUUACACCUUAAGUGGAAAAGGACAUAUUCGGCAAUUAUGUUGUUUAAAAGAUCUUCGAAUGCACCAAUAGUAAAUUGCAAUAGAGGAUGUUCAAUAAAUUAAAGCCUCACUUUUAUGAUUUAUCCAAAAACACUUUCGGCUGCAGAGUGAUGUAGAAAUUGAUUGAGUAUACCUGCCAACGAAAUGAUCUACAAAUCAUAAUCUUGUAACAAUUACAAUCUAAUAUGCGAUCCUUGAUAUAUGAUUUGAAUGGAAACUAUGUGAUUUUCAAAAUGCUAGAAACCUUUGAUAAAUUAAAGAUGGAAUUCAUGAUCCCCAUAGUCGAAGAAUCAUUCAAUUACAUGGGAUAGCAAAUCUAUGGUUGCAAAAUCAUUCACAAAAUUAUUUAACAAUAUUCUCAACAACAAAUCGCUAAAAUCAUUAGAUUGUCAGUCUAAAAUUACAAUAUCUUGAGUUAGACAGAGUAUGGAAAUUAUGUACUUUAACAUAUUCUCUAAUACUGGAUCCCGAGUCAAGAAAAAGCCUAUCUAGUUCAAUUAGUCUUGCAAUAGUUCUUCUAACUUAGCAUAAAUAAAUAUGCAAGUAACACUGUUGAACGAGCAUUGGAAGCAUUGGGCAAGCAAGAAUUAAUUUCUAUUAUGAAAUGGCUACUUUGCAAAAGUCCUAAUCAAUACACAAGCAAUUUCGUAGUAUUAGCUAAUCAUCAAUAUGCAAAUUAUGUAAUUAAGAAAUUCUUAGUGCUAAGCGAUCACAAUGUAUUAAAAUAUAUUUCCGAUCAUUUGUAGUAGAAUCAGUAUGAAUAAACAGCAAUCAAAUCCACUAUUCAUGGUCAAAGAAUAAGUAGCUUCUUAGAUAAGCAAAUUUAACAUUGGCCUUGAUUGCCAAAUAUAGUCAAUUUCAAUGAAUAAAUAUAAAGAAGAUAUUAUAAUUAUUUUCAAUUUCAGAUUAA